CCGGGCCAGGUCGUGCCCGGUAAGAAGCUGUACUUCCGCUUGCUCCCGGUACGGAAUUUCCUUUUAGGAAGGAGAUCAUCGAUCGAAAUGGACAGCAAAAGACCACGACUGCUCCAGGAAGAGGACAAGCAGAAAACAAUAGCCAGAGUGGCGCUCAGUGCACCUUCCAUGCUACGAAAGAACCAGCUAGGUUUCCUCAGAUUUACCAACUAUUGCCGUUUAGCUCGUGAGCUGCGUGUGAGCUGCAUGCGGGGGAAGAAGGUCCAGAUUUAUAGCUGGGAUCCAUCCUCUUUGAUAGGCGUCCGAUUUAACUUAAUACUGGCGAAUACCAACACUGACCAGCUUUUCACAGUGCACCAAGUCGAAGCCGGCGGCUUCAAGUAUGGCAUCAUCACCAUCCGAGGUCUGAGGACCCCUGAGCUCAACGUAUACUCGCACAAAAACCUGUACGUCCCUAACCGGAAGGUGAAUUCUUCGUGCUGGGCCUCCCUGAAUCAUUUGGAUUCCCACCUUCUGCUGUGCUUUGUGGGAUUUGCAGAGACUCCGAGCUGUGCCGUGCUGCUCCCAGCUUCGCUGUUCAUAGGUAGCUACCCAGGAGCGUGUCGGCCUGGCAUGCUCUGCACUUUCCAGAUCCCGGAUGCGUGGUCCUGUGCCUGGUCCAUGAGCAUCCACGCCUAUCACUGCUUCAGUACAGGUUUGUCUCGGCAGGUCCUGUUGACCAACGUGGUGACGGGACACCAGCAGUCAUUUGGGACUAACAGUGAUGUCUUGGCCCAGCAGUUUGCAAUUAUGACUCCUUUGCUGUUCAAUGGCUGUCGUUCUGGGGAGCUUUUUGGCAUCGAUCUGCGUUGUGGAAAUCAAGGCAGGGGAUGGAAGGCCAUUUGUCUGUCCCAUGACUCAGCAGUGACCUCUCUGCAGAUCCUCCAAGACGGGCAUUGCCUGGUGGCGUCAGACAUGACUGGAACGAUCAAGCUGUGGGACAUUAGGGCCACUAAAUGUGUAACACAGUAUGAAGGUCAUGUGAAUAAGUCCGCCUACCUGCCCCUGCAUGUGAAUGAGGAAGAAGGUGUCGUGGCGGCCGUGGGCCAGGACUGCUACACGAGAAUCUGGAGCCUCCGUCACGGCCACCUGCUCACAACCAUACCCUCCCCAUACCCUGCCUCGGAGGACGACAUUCCCAGUGUGGCCUUCUCUUCUCGGCUCGGCGGCUUCCGAGGAGCACCAGGGCUGCUCAUGGCUGUCCGGGAGGACCUUUAUUGUUUCUCCUACAGUUAAUUCUUCAGGAUACAGCCCAGAGGAAUGUGGAUUCGACUUGAAGAAGCAGAGUAUGGUAUUACUGUUUCUAUGAGCGCAUUUUAAGAGCUGUUCCAUGUUUGUAGAUCCCAUUCAUCUGGCUGCUAGGGGUAAGGUGCUAUUUUAUGUGAAGAUAGUUUUGUAAAGUUAUUUCAGUUAAAUUGUGGGCUUGGAGAGUUUGAAAGUCCUUUUCAUAAAAGGUUACUACUUCCUUUUCUUAUUGAAUACCUUAGAAUAGUUAUUCUCUCCCCUUUUUUUAAACAAAAAAUACUUUUCUAAGGACUGAAGAUUGGCAAAAACUAAAAUUAAAACUGCUUCUUUCACCAGAAGCCCUUUAGAGAAUCAUAAUAAUGCACUGGUGAAACUAUUUGACUAGUUCUAUCUGGGUUCUGGAAAUAUAUACAUCAGUGCUUGAGAAGUCCAGAGGCAGAGGAGAGGAGGGGGAGAUCAUUUCUUUCAGUUUCUACAGAAGUUUUUGAGGCUACAUUUUGGAAUCAUUAAACUUGGCCUUCUCAAUCUCAAUAGCAGAUCUCUGAGAUUCUCCUUUUAUUAUUUUCCAUAGGCAAAGGAAGGAAAAGUGGAUCUUUUUAAAUAAUAGAAGUUUUAAACUGUCCUUAACGUGCCUUCGUUGAGGCACCUUCCAGAACGUAAGGUUUCUUCAGAAUGCAGCUCUGGUUUCUAUAAUGAUGACUUGAAUGUCAGAGUCAAGGGCUCAGUGUCAAAGGUAAUUGGCCUUGACUUUUUGUGAUUUAGGAGCAGCAGUUUGUGAGAUGUUUAUUCAAAGUGUUAAAGAGCUUGUUUUCUACCAAACAAGCUAGAAAAGACAAAAAACAAACAAAACAAAACAAAACAAAAAACUUGUGUAAUAUAGUUAGUGCUACUUAAUAGCCAAACCCUGGAAGUGAUCUGACUGCAAAAUGCUAAAAUUGAUAAAUAAUUUGUGCUGUAAUCAUACAAUUGGAUAAAACAUGUUAUGAAAUAAGACACAAUUGCUAUAUGAAACUGUGGAUUAGCCUCAACAUGUUGAUUGUAAAUGUAGGUAGAAAUGAUCACAAAGUGAUUCAGUUCUAAAAUUCAAAAGCAGUAAAAACUUACCUAUGAAUACAGGGUACUGUGGAAGGAAGAACAGAUAUUGUUUGGUUUUUUUCUUUUUCUUUUUAGGAUAUUGUUUGGGAAGUAACAUGCAGAAACUUUAAAAAUGCUGUUUUAUUUUUCUUGAUCCUUGAUACAUACACAUUUUGUAUGUCUAUACACUUCACACUUUAUAUAAUACCUCAAAAAUAAAAAUAUGAAAGCAGAACACUCUUGUAAUUGGUCAGGCAAGGGAGUGAUGAUGGCUUGGACCUGAAUAUGAGAAGUAAAAAUAAUAAGAAAAAUAGGAAAUGAUUUCAUUGGAAGAUCAUUUGAAGGUAGUAUUAGUAAGACUUGCUGAUGAGAGUAAUCUAGAAAGUGAAAGAAUAAAGAUUACAGCUUUUUUGUUAACUUUAGGACUGGUGGAUGGUGUUGUCAUUUACUAAAAUGGGGAGGAUUUGAAAUGAAAAAGUUUUAGGUGAAGGGAAUAAUGCCAAGUUUUAGGCAAAUAUUAAACAUCUAAUUCCGUAGAUCGGAGGUGAUGUCAGGACAUAGAUAAGGUUAAUGUAGUAAUUACAUAUUGAUAGAGGAAUAGAUCAGUAGAGAAGAUGCAGAAGAGUGGUUAGGUGCAUAGAUUUUUGAAAUCAGUUAAAUUAGUUUUUGAUACUCACUUGAUGUGUGACAGGAGAAAUUGUGUAAGCUUUACUUGUUAUCAUUUCUUCAUUGUAAAAUGUCUUAGAUAAUAAAACUAACUCAUAAAGUAGGUACUGUUUUAAAAGAUGUAUACAUUGACCCUUUUACAUUAUAAGCAUUCAGUAAGAAAUAGCUGCAGAUGUUAUUUUUUAAAAGAAGUUCAAAAACAGCUAUAGGCAGUUGACAAAAUGUAAUGACUACAUAACUUGUGAAACUGUUUACCCUCACUUGCAAAUAGAAUAAAUGCGAAUAAAGCAA